AUGUACGUGGGCCGACUGUGGUUGAUAUGUGUCUUGGUAGAACUCGUAAAUGCCCUUUUUGAAGAUCAAGUAGGGAAAUUUGACUGGCGACAUCAAUAUGUCGGGUGUCCUCUACAAGUCCACUUCGAUGAGUGGGGCAGGAAUGAGCGGCUGCUAGUUUCCACAAGAGAAAAUGUCUUCGCUUCUCUUUCAGCCAACACAGGACAUAUAGCACGUGUUUUUCCACACGUAAUGCUUUUGAAUUAUUCAAUAAAUUCAGCUCUGUAUUCUGUAUCCGACGGUGGUCGAGUUGUUCGAGCAUGGAACAAGCGGAAUGGCGCGUUGCUUUGGCAAACUGCCAUCGCUGAAAAAACUGAUCCUAGAAUGGAAUUCCUUAUAAUUGAUAUCUCAAAGUCAUCUGUUGUUUCUGAGUGGGUGCGUGAAGAGGCUCUAGCUCUCAUUAGUAGUGUGGAAAUGGUCGAUUUGCCUUUAUCCGAGUUGCAGCAAAUGAUUGAAGAUGAGUUCGAAGAAGGAGGUAAAAGCGAUGUAAUGUCCUCCUUUAUUCGACGCCUCAUAUCACAGACAUCUCAAAUUCAGAAAUGGCUGUUAAAAACGAUAAAUGAGAUAUUUACAUUCUCGUAUAUGAUUUCAACAAGAACCAAUUCGUUUUCGAAGCUGCUCCAUCACGUUAGAUCCGCUGCUAAAAGUGGAAACCAUAGCGGUGAAAUUUUGGAACGAGAUUUCUUCAACCUUCGCAAAAUCAUUGUUGCAACAACAUUAGAUGGGGUAGUUUUUGGCCUUGACAGCAGCGAUGGCUCAAUAGUUUGGCGGUUGUGGCUUGGAAAUCAUUUUGCACCCCUAUCUAAUUUCAUAGGGAAAAAUGAGGUACCAUUAUUUGUACAAAGGUCAACAGCCCAUUAUCAGUUGGCCGGACAAGCAUCUGUCGUAUCUUCAUUCGGAAUACUGGUAUUUUUCAACCCAAUCACCGGAAAAGUCGUUGAGAAGACAAUGCUGUCAACUUCUAUAUCCCGUGUUGAUGUGUUGAACUUUGUUAUACAAGAACACAUUUAUCCGCUAGUUGUUAUAGGGGUUAAUAACGAGAUAUCUCUUCACCCCAAUCCUUCUGAAAACUUGUUAGCUGCAGCUCCGCCCGUUUAUAUCCUAAUCCCGGAAGGGUCACUUAUUUCUGGAGCAGUCAUUAAUCUUUCGGAAAAGAAAAUGGUCAGAACGUGGACUGCUGAUUUGCAUCUCGCCGAAACGGAAAAGAUCAUCGCCAUCAAAGGGAAACCCAGACAUCAAAAAAUGCAUUCUCAAGGACGAGUGCUAAUUGACCGCAAUGUGCAGUACAAAUAUGCUAACCCAAAUCUGGUUGCAAUAGCCACUUUGGAUAAAAUUCAUCAAUAUCUCUCGAUUUUCCUAAUAGAUGUCGUCUCUGGACAAAUGGUUCAUUCUGCUCGGUUGGCUAAGGCUACAGCACCUGUGCACUUGGUUCACUGUGAACACUGGAUCGCGUACUCCUACUGGUCAGAAAAAGGAAGAAGAACUGAAAUAGGCGUACUCGAACUGUAUGAAGGAAGCGAGCAAAGCAACAAGGACUACUUUGACUCCCUCUCACCCACCAGAACAGCGCCACAAGUUGUUACUCAGAGUUUUAUCUAUGCGCAGGGAAUACAAGCUAUGGCAGUCAGUGAAACUGAGAAGGGACUCACUACUCGUUCUUUACUGAUGGCCCUUCCUAUGGGGGGAAUUCAUGAAGUGACAAGAAAGUUGCUAGAUGCUACACGUCCAUUGGAGUUGACACAGGAGAUGCGCGAGGAAAUGAUGAUACCAUAUAUACCGGAAAUUCCUAUUGCAACAGAGGAUAUGGUGAAUUAUAAUCAAACUGUCCACAAUGUUCGAGGAAUCAAAACCGCCUCAUCUGGGUUGGAAUCUACGAGUCUUAUGAUGGCCUAUGGAAUUGACGUCUUCUUCACUCGUCUUCAUCCUUCGGGAACCUUCGACAUUCUGAAAGAUGAUUUUGAUCAUGUACUAAUCAGCGUAGUCCUUUUUGGACUCAUUGCUGGAAGUAUAAUUAGCAAAAAGUUGGCUAGAAACAAUGCCCUCUCUGCUGCGUGGGCUUAA